CGGUGGAUGGAUCAGCGCAGACUGAAGAGGGAAGGAACUGAUCCGGAUCCAAAAGCAAAAACCGUCAGAUUUCCCCAUCACCUGUUUGCCUAGUAACUCGACGCCAGAGAUGCAGACGUCUGAGGCGGUCAGGACGACCAGCCCUCUGUCCGCAGAAACACUCCUGUUGGCAGGAGUGUUUCUGAGAUCACAUGAAGAGCUCUGAAGAUCUAACUCUCUAAGCCCUUACUUGCACCAGAAAACACGUCUCUUCCCCUCCUGCCCACCACCACCACAAAUGCAUCCCGUCUCCUCUGUCAUUUAUAAGUGCUACAGCAGUGUCUGUCUGGCAGCAGCGCUGAGCAGAUGCACAGGAUCUCACCUAGGGAUGAAAGCGCCACAGCUUUCCAGCUCUGAACGAGGGGGAUUCCUGUGAAAUGGAUUUAAACCAUCUGUGAGGACAGAAGGACAGAGAGAGAGAGAGAAAAAAAAACCCAUAAAAUAAAAUAUUCCUUCCUUUAAGGUAAGACUAUUGAAUUUUGUUUGUUUUUUUCUUUAUUUGAAACUUUGUGUGCUGGUGUAUGUAGUUUGUUUCAGAAAUGUCAAAGAUAAUUAUAGGCAAAAUGGACAGGACAUUUUUUUUACCCUCUGUGAAUUUAUUUAAUUAAAAUUUUUUGUGCAUGUUUUAGGGUAUUUUAGGAAUGUGAUUCAUUGCUAGUAAUGAAACUACAAAAACAACAAAUCAGACAAGUAAUGUAUGACUGACAACCGUUAUUUGUGCAGAAUUUGAAUCAUGCAGUAAGAUCGGCUUUGAUUCGCCCCCCCCACCAUCCCUCACAGAUUUUUUCUGUUUGUACCUUUGAUCGCACGGAAAUGUCUCAGCCGAUCAAACGCAUUUUAUCAUCACAUGAACAUGACCUGAGGAAACACGUGAUGCAAUUUUCAAAUGAUUUCAUUGAAAGCAAUCCAAAUCAAAUUGCUCCCUUCGCCUAAUAGCCGCUAGUCGCAGCCUUGGCAUCAACAACUAUCAUCAAGUGUUUACAGUAACUGGUAAUAAACCUUUUGCUUUGCUGUGGGGAGGAUUUUUUUUAUUUUUGCCUGCUCCUCUUUGCAUAAUAGGUACAAUUCAGUCUCAUUGGAGAGUUUUUGACCAUUAACCGUCUGGUCAACGCACAGCUUCUAGCACGCCCACUCCAAAACCAACACCACAUGUCUGUUGAGCAAUUCAGAGGUCAACUAGUUGCCGUGGAUGGUAUUGCUGUCUAGCCUGAGUGCUCUUGGGCUUAAGGGCACAAACAUAUGUGUGGACAUUCUCCUUCAGGAUUUGAUGGUUGAGAGCAGCACUCGUGGCUCCGUCGUCCAGGUUCCUGAAACGUUAAAUGACAACAACGUGUUCUUCCAUAUGAUGUCAUUGUUUUACGCCGGAUGUCACAGGAUGUACGCCUUCAAAAAAGUGCAACAUUUUGGCAAAUGUGAGUCAGGCCUUUGAGGAUUUUUGUUCAGAAUGCGGUUUUCCAUUGGAAACGUCCGACAGAUGCCAUUUUUGCUUUAUCUUUUUCUUCUUGUUAUAUUACAAAGACUAAGUGAGUUUUGCAGCACGUUUCAUGUUUUCUCCACUUGUGGAAAUGGCUUUUCACGUGGCUCACAGGAUUCCUAGAGUCUUAGAAACGACAGCUGGAUGUCAAUAACUUUUUCUCAUCUCUUCUUGCUGUUCAUAACUGAUAUCUGAGAUAUUUAUUUAGCCAAUGUCCUGUUGUCAGGCAGGUUACAUUUUAACCAUCCUAUUAAAAAAAAAGAUCACUAAUUAAAACAUUUGACUAAUAUAUUCAGUGAUAAAUCAUUCAGAGCCAAACAAGCCCGCCAUUUGUUCUGUUAAUACAAAACAGCACAGUUUACUCAGGACGUGAUGCAGUCUUACCAAAAACCUGCCACCUCAGAGGCAGAGCUACAAAAAUAAAUUAAUGAAAAGUUUGGAUACAGAUGAAUAAGAUGAUUACAUUUUAGCCAUCACCUCUUAAGAACAUUGGAAAGGGGACAUUAUUGUAGUUUCUUCUUCAAAAGAUAAGAUUCAGACAAGAAUUAAUAACUGAUUCUGUUAUAAAUUGGGGGCACUUAGCUGAAAUGUAGUUAUUUUUGCACGCAACAACUCGAAAACAAUGCACAAUGUUGCAUAAAGAAAUUGCGUUGCAAUAAAUGGCAGUAAUUCCAGCAGGGAGACAAAACCGGCUGUGAGAUUAGGAGCAGAGAAGACAUUUUGUAAGGGCCGGCCUCUGUAGGAUGCAGGAGUGGGAGGCGAGACGAAAAGGUGAGGGCUGAUUGUCUUUGGUAAUACCUGUGGUUUUAGGUGUAUUUAUGUCUGAAGUAGAAUAAAAUAACAAUCAACAGGUACGAAUCAGUCAAAGGACGCAGCGAAGCCGUUAUUGAAUUUUCAGGAGGCUUCAUCGUUUCACACUCAACAAUUGAUUCCACCUGCUAGUCCACGGGAUUGUUCUCUCGCCGUGAAUGUCACGGUGCCCUGUCUUUCCCGGGGACGUUUUCAUUCAGAAAACAUGCGCUACACCAGAGACAUGACAGAUCAUCCAUCCAAUGGGUAGCACAGAGCUACCUCCCCCAGUUUCUGUGGCUCUUUUCACACCCCAGGUACUGCAAUGACAGAGAACCCGGCCUAUAACACCACCUUGGAGGACCUGAUCCUUUCCAGUGCUCCAGUGUUGCAGAACAAGCCUUGGCCUCAGCAGAACAUCACCUAUGUGGAUUUCUACCUUCACAAACCCGGCGUGGCUGUGGUCUUCACCGUUUCCUACCUGCUCAUCUUUGCGGUGUGCAUGGUCGGCAACGGGGUGGUGUGCUUCAUCGUGCUGCGCAGCAGGAACAUGCGCACCGUCACCAAUCUGUUUAUCCUCAACCUGGCCAUCAGUGACCUCCUGGUGGGCAUCUUCUGCAUGCCGACCACACUUCUGGACAACAUUAUAACAGGAUGGCCUUUCGGUAGCAUUGUGUGUAAACUGAGUGGGAUGGUUCAAGGAAUAUCUGUGUCGGCAUCUGUAUUCACCCUCGUUGCCAUCGCUGUUGACAGGUUCCGCUGCAUUGUCUACCCUUUCAAGCAGAAACUGACCAUCGCCACCUCAAAGCUAAUUAUCGUCAUCAUUUGGGUCCUGGCUGUAUUCAUCAUGUGCCCGUCGGGGGUCAUGCUCCAGGUCACGAAGGAGCAGACGGUACGGAUAGUCCUCGGUCCCAACAGCGACACUCGUCCGUUCUACUGGUGCCGGGAGAACUGGCCUAGUCAGGAAAUGAGGAAGGUCUACACCACGGUUCUCUUCGCCAACAUCUACCUCGCCCCGCUAAGUCUGAUUGUCAUCAUGUACGCUCGCAUUGGCUUCACCCUCUUUAAGACCACCCUACCUCCAGCUAGGGGCAGUGGGAGCGCCCCACUGGAGGUCAGCGGCAACAACAAACUGAGCGUGGACGGGCGUCAGACGAUCACUUGGAAGAAGAAGCGGGUGAUAAUGAUGCUCCUGGUCGUGGCUUUGCUUUUCAUUGUAUCCUGGCUGCCUCUCUGGACCCUCAUGAUGCUGAGCGACUACGCCAGCUUGACGGAGCACCAGUACCGUGUCAUUAACAUAUACGUGUACCCUUUCGCUCACUGGCUGGCCUUCUUCAACAGCAGCAUCAACCCCAUCAUCUACGGCUUCUUCAACGAGAACUUCCGCAAAGGCUUCCAGGCAGCCUUUAAGUUCCAGCUGUGUUCCGCCGACGUCCUGCGCCAAAGGACCCUCUCCCACCGGAUCAGAGGGAACGCCGUGCUCCCAGUCCACCCGACGGUGCCGAGCAGACCGGCGUCCAGAGCCGGGUCGCUGUUCGUGGAGAACGGAACGUGUCAGGAGGGAAACGACGUCAGAGAGCAAGAUCUGAUCAUGGAGGAUUUGGAAAAAGUUUCACAGAUUUAGAACGACUGAGGUGGUGCGUGGCCUAAGGAUGUUUCGUAAAGAUCUGCAACCUAAAACUCCAUAAACCCAACUUAAGCUCCUUCCAUGUUUGCUGUUAAUGAAUGUAACCCGACGUCAUGUUAAAUAAAGUUUGCUUCGACUGUUA